GUGCACUCAUGUAGUCAUAGAAUUUUGAAUGUUUGUAUUUUGAUUUUCUGUGGUUUAGACUAUCAUUUCAAAUUAUUUAAUUAUUUUAAACAAUUCAAAUACAAGAUCUGAAGAAAUCAGUGUUUCUACAAUCAAGAGGGAACACAUCACAAACGAAAAUUUGGAACUUCAGCGAUCAAGGAACAGCAAAUAAUCCCACAAAUUUUUUCUUCAAAUUCUCUCGUGUCAAUAGUCAAAAAAUAAUUCUUAUUUAAAAACUACCAAAAUGUCUCUAAAAAAAGUUGUUGAGAAUGAGAAAAAUGAAACAUCCUCUUUAUGUCCUAGUCCUAUCUAUCCCGAAUCCUUGGAAUUAAAAUUGCAAGAAGUUAAGAAUAAGUUGGAAAAUUGGAAAGAAAUCAUAAUACCGCUUUAUAAAAUUUUGAUUUGGGAAAAACAAUGGCAUCCUUUUGCUAUAGCUGGAGUUACUACCUCGAUAUUCUUGUUUAUAUGGCUGUCAGAUAUGAGUGUUUUAACCAUAUUUUCUCUGCUUGGCCUAAUUAUAACUGUGUCUGAUUAUUUGGUACCAAUUAUUGUGUCAUCUCUUAUGAAGCCUGAUUCGUGGACACCUCAGAAAGAAGCUCUUUUAGAUACCCUUUGUGGAGAGAUUUUGAUCAUUAAAAUGAAAAUUGAACUUGAUUGCUCAACAUACUGUAAACUCAGAGAAAGUCAUCCGAAAAUGUAUGUUACUUUGACUGCGUUUGCACUUGGCAUGUUAGCCUGGUUUGGAAACAUCUUCAACAACUUGCUGAUAGCAUACCUAUUGGUUACAUCGAUACUUCUGUUACCCGGAGCUGAACGCACUAAAGUUUACAGUCAUAUUCACGAAAUUCAAAACAGAAUUUUCAAAGAAUAUGUUAAUCCGAGGUUUCAGGCAACGAAGAAAGAGGAGUAGAAAAACUUGAAAUCUCAAUCCUACAAGAAGUGUUGAACUUGUGAUUUUUAUUAUUUAGCUCAACUAAAUUAAGUUUAUUUAUGAUGGAUAAAAGAGACUGAAUGUAGUUUUGUAUUGUGUGUACCUUUCCUAAUAAAUAUUUGUAUUGAUA